AUGAACAAUCCAAUUUUCUACAAACUCAAUUUUUUCCAUAUCACUCAAAUUGGAACAAGAACACUCAUGAACACUCAUCGGUCAGACGUUGGAGUUGCUGGAGGCGGAGUCACCACCUCUCACCGGAAUAGGUUUCCAACGUGGGUUACUGUUUGGGAUCUUUGCAACCUCUGUCUUCAUUUGUACGGAGGUGACAACGGCCAUUUAACAAACCCUAAAUCGUCACCAAGAAAAGCUCAAGAUCUUCGUCGCCAUGCUCCUCCGAUUCUUCAUAUCUAUCUUGGACUCACACUUGAAACACCAAAACCCUCUUUGUCAACUUUAGAUCUUCGCCUCUAUGAUCCUUCGAUUUGA